GUAUAACGGAGGUGGAUAACUGUAUAACUAUUGGUGUGGAUUUCUACGGCUAGACACGUCGAUCUCUCUCUAUUGUCAUGUGACUUACAACUUAAAAAGAGUCGACACGCUGCCUUCCGCCAUUCUUAUUAUCCUGGCCGCUCUUCCGCGCCAGUCCCGCUGCACGAUGGGACAGCGUAGUGUACAUCAUCCGGGUAUUUCCUGCCUAGUAUUUUAUGAAUACUGAGUAUUCGGACAAACUACUCCUUUGCUGUACUUGCCUUCACCCACUGUAUAGCAGAAGAUGGGGAUAUUCGGACGCGGCUUUGGACUUGAGAUCUUCCUUAGUUUCCGCGUGCAGGGGGCGUUUAUUUUUAUAAACGAGGUUCUAGGAAAGUAACCAACAACAGGGUGGCGUGAUGAGGCCCGACAUGACGCAAGGUCGCUGUUACCACCCUAUCUUCCAAACAAUCCCAAAGUUAAUGUAAGAAAACACUUUCCGACCAAUCAGAUUGGAGAACUGUAUCUUAGUUUUAUGCGUUUAAUAAAAAGAAGUGUACGUUUUAGUGUCAUUUCCUUGUUGCUUCAAUCUGUUGUUGGUAUGCAGAGCUCUGCGGAAAAUGACCCAGCGGUCUCAGAAGAGCUUCCCGGAUUAAUAAACAGUCCAUUUACAGAAACACGCACGCACACAAGCGCAGAUGGUUGUCUUGUUCUGUAAACACUGGGGCACAGCUGAGCUCUGCCCGUAUAUGGUGAAGAAGUGACUAAUGCCCAUUCAUAAAACUCGCAACUCUGCUCUGGGGUUUGUUGUUGUCUCUGUGUAGACUCACACUCUUCCCCUCGAGCGUCUUAAUCUCAGCACACACACACACACACGCGCACGCUCGCGUUUGUCAUUGACUCGAACGGCUUGUCAUCAGACCUUCGUCAGAGGAUAAGUUUAAUUACGAGCUUUGAAAGGCUUGACGCAAGCAGCCCCCGGGCUCGUGUCGGUUUGAGCGUGACGCCGAUAGCGAGAUAGCGCCGGUUCGGAGCCGCGUAAACACGGUCUAGGGUUAAGCGCGGCGCGAUAACUUGGGUCCGUCUCCGGGAAGUCGGAGCUCAGCGGCGUUAAGGUGGAAAUCGCACGCGUCUGCGCGACCUUCGACUUUUUCACACGCUGAUCAGUCUGAGAAAUACAAACACACGUCAGCACGGUAAGGACGAUGGACGACGUUUGCAGAGCAAAUAAAGUGCCGGUCAUGCCGCGAGCAGCCAUGUUGGUUUGACGUCACUCGCUGAACUCCGAGUCGAGGAAACAACUCCCGUGUUCCCAAGAAAAGAAAUCCAGUCAAAGAGUUCUUAGCCAAAGCCAAAGAAGAUUUCCUGAGGAAAUGGGAAUGUCCACCACAGAGCACAACUUGCCUAGACGACUUUGACAGACUGAAGACUCUGGGCACGGGCAGUUUCGGGAGAGUCAUGCUGGUAAAACACAAAGGAACAGAGCAGUUCUACGCCAUGAAAAUUUUGGACAAACAGAAGGUGGUGAAAUUGAAGCAAAUAGAACACACGCUAAACGAGAAGAAAAUAUUACAGGCGGUAUCGUUCCCCUUCCUCGUCAGACUGGAAUACGCCUUCAAGGACAAUUCCAACCUGUAUAUGGUGAUGGAGUACGUACCGGGCGGCGAGAUGUUCUCACAUCUAAGAAGAAUCGGGAGGUUCAGUGAACCACAUGCAAGGUUUUACGCAGCGCAGAUAGUCCUUACCUUUGAGUACCUCCACUCGUUAGACCUCAUCUACAGAGACCUGAAGCCCGAGAACCUUCUCAUCGAUCAGCAUGGAUACAUCCAGGUCACCGACUUUGGUUUCGCGAAACGAGUGAAGGGCCGAACCUGGACGUUGUGUGGAACCCCGGAGUACCUGGCACCGGAGAUCAUCCUCAGCAAGGGCUACAACAAAGCAGUGGACUGGUGGGCCCUGGGAGUGCUCAUAUACGAAAUGGCUGCAGGUUACCCGCCGUUCUUCGCCGACCAGCCCAUUCAGAUCUACGAGAAGAUCGUGUCCGGGAAGGUACGAUUCCCGUCUCACUUCAGUUCAGACCUGAAGGACCUGCUAAGGAAUCUGCUUCAGGUCGACCUGACGAAACGGUACGGCAACCUCAAGAACGGCGUCACCGACAUCAAAAACCACAAAUGGUUUGCCACGACGGAUUGGAUCGCCAUCUACGAGAGAAAGGUAGAGGCUCCAUUUAUUCCGAAAUGCAGAGGCCCAGGAGACACGAGCAACUUCGACGACUAUGAAGAGGAAGACAUCCGUGUGUCUGUUACAGAAAAAUGUGCAAAGGAGUUUGCCGAGUUUUAGUCCGGACACAUCAGAGCUAUGUGUGUGUAUGUAUGUAUGUGUAUAUAUACAUAUAUACACGUGUAUGUAUUUAUCUGCGUGUAUAUAUGUGUGUAUGUGUACAUAUAUACAUAUACGAGUGUGUGUGACUGUGUGGCAUGAAUGCGUGUGCGAGCGUGUGUAUAACCACACAGCAAACGAAAUAAGGGGAUCUUUGCACUCUAAAGACACGUGGACGGAGCAGAGCGGAGACCACAUCGCCACGUCCGAGUUACUGCGUAUGCUCCUUCGUUCCGUCUGGUUCAUCAAGAGGCCAACAAAGCCCUCGCGCUUUACAUGUUACAUCAGACUCUUCACUCUUCGCUCAUCAUAUAACCUUCCUUAUUUUUAAUAUCUCGUUUAAUAAAUGUCUUGGAUGUUGCGUCCCCCGUUGUUUUAAAGGUGAAAGAGGUUUUCAGCAGUGUUCAGGACUAGGACUUCAAACGCCAAUCGUGCCGGUUUGUCUGGUAGCCCUGCCAUACGGCUGGAUUUCUGACCGUAGCCCUUCUGUUGUUCCAUCACAGGACCUCUGCCGGAUGUUUGGGUGUGUCUUUAGAAAACAGACCACGAGAAUAGUGUUCAAAAACACUCCAAGAGCAAAUCCGCCACCAGGGGGCCUCACAAGAAUUUUAUAUACGUUUUAUUUGACGUACACUCGCAACAACGAGCCAAGAUUGCAGCGACGUUUGAAUUGAGAUUCAAUUCAAUUGAACACACGCACGUUUGAAGUAUACCCCAAGGGUAUUUAAGGCAAACAAAUUAGUGACGAGUAGGACUAGACUUGUUGGCAGCGGAGGAAUCCUUGUCCACACUGUUGCUGUCGAGUUCUACUUGUUUGCACUUUUAUCUGAAUUAUUAUUUUUCUAAUAAUAAUAACUUUUGAGAAAGGAUGGAGCUGACGGAGUAGUUUAGUUUAAGAGUCUUGUUCGUGAGCUCAGCAGCGAGCAGGUUGGUAAUCCUGGGAUUUGAAUUCAUGACCUUCUGAGCGGUAGCCCAAAGCCUUAAACACUGAGCAAUGACUUUAUAUCAAAGCAUGUUAUCAUUUAGGGCUGUAAAAGGUUCAGAGCGCGCCCUGCACACUACCAUGUGAGCGUCACUGCUGUGCCUCGACAUGAACAGACACCCAAAUGAUAUCCAAGCUCCUCUGGUGGUCGUGGUCAUGGUCACUGAUUGGAUAAUGGAUGGAUGGAUGGACAUCAACAGAUGGGCUGCAGUCAGAGAUUUAUAAUUAAUACUAAAUCAAUAGCCUGAGUUUAGCGUUUAGAGCUACACGGUUGGAGCGCGUAAUAAACCGGCACAUCGCUCUGACUCGAUGCCAGCGGUGAUGUCCACAGUGUCAUGUAGCUACGAUUUUGAAGGAUACAUGUUGUGUAUUGUCUGUUACAUGCUUUGUGUAAUUAUAUAUUUUUUUCUCUCUUCAUUUUUGACUAACGGCAGCAGUUAUCUUACCUCAGACUCAACCUCUGACCACUUUUUUUUGUUUGUUUUGUUUUGUUUUGUUUUCUUCCCUCGUCAGCUCGCAGAGGUGCCGCUUCUUUGUCGUGCGUAUCUAAUGAUUUUUUUGAAAGGGUUUUUACUUCAGCCAGUGUUGAAAGCAUGACCAAAAACGACUGAGCUGUGGGUGCUGGAUCAAAGAAAAUCCAAACCUAACAGAGUUGGCUUGUUUUUACUGUUGCAUAAUGUAUGUAUUAUUUCACAGCUUUGAUGUAUAUCCAUCGGUGAAGAGGUUCUAUCUUAAAAUGCCCUGGUACAUCUUUUCAAAUUUGGCUCAGAACACUCAAAGUACUGUAUCUUUUCAUUCAAUGAUCUGUAGCAGAUACCGUUUGCUGUGAAUGUGGAACUGAUGGUUUUCCUGGUUUUUGUGGAAACCAACCGAGACUCGCCAGAUACACAUGAAAUCUUUUUUUUUUCUUUUCUUUUUUCUUUUUUUUUUUUUUUUAAACCCUCCAACACUUCAUGCUCCAUGUCUCUUUCGAUCCUUGUUUCUUUCAUUGUAAUGACUGAAUUUAGAGUUGCAACUCCUAGGUAUGGAUGUUGUUUGCCAUGCUUGAUUUCCAAGGUACAUUCUCACAGACACGCAUACUUCAAAAAUUAUUUAAAACAAAAACAAGAAGGAAAAAAAAAAACAAAAAAAAAAAAACAGACUGGGGUUUGUUAGCCUCGGCUCCUUUGUAUCACAGAAUUCAGUUAUUGUUCUGCUCAUAAUGCAUAUAUGCAUUGUUUCUUAUAUAUGUUUUUAUUUAUACACAUUAGAGAUGCUAAUAAAUUUUAUUUUUAAAAUUGCA